AAUCGCCGAUGCGGUGCGUGCUACGGUUGGGAACAGCGGGCGCCCAGCACCAAGCGUUUAGUUUCUUGUUUUUCUCCUAACUGAACAGCCACGACGGAACGGAUCGUCCGUGACGCUGCACCGUGUUUUUGUCGCACGACGCGUUCGCCAGCAAGAGAAGGCACAACGACUCACAGGAGAAGGUGUAAAUUGCAGAACUUUUAAAGGAGCGUUUUGUUCCUCGCCCCAGAAAAAGAAAACAAAGACAAAAAACGUUCACCUUCCAAUAGUGAAGCGGAUUUUGAGCUGGACUCACUAGACCGUUCGGAGCAGAGACAGAGAAGACGCCUGUAUAUCUCUUCCUGGCUGCCGCAAACCCGCACAUCGACAACGCGGUGCAAUCCCGUGUCGCUUGCCAAUGUCAAACGAUUGCGGAUAAGAGCGUGUGUGGUGCAGCCACACGUUAACGGCACGCUUGCCAGCAGGAUCUCUACGGCUGGGGCUGGGUGAUAGUGUAGUAGUAGGCUGGUUCAGUUUUGUUGACUGGGUAGCCGUCGCCGUCAGCACUAAACAAAACAAGCAAGGAUGUGAGCAGCCCCGUAGUGCGUACUGCUCGGUGUGUCUGUGUUGUGGUGUGUGCGCGCGUGUGUUAGUGCUUACCACGGAUAGUGGAACAACAAAAAAGAGAGAAAAAGAGAAGGCAAAAAAGUCGCAACAAGUGCAUGUGAAAGGAAAAGGCCAGAAAAAAGAAAAGUGAUUUUGCUGUGUGCGUGUGUGAUUCACUCUGUUCUUGCCGCAAAAGAAAAGUAGCAGUAGUAGUAGUAGUAGUAGUACCGUGAUUUACCGAAGAGUGUGUACGUGUGUCGGUUGGGUGGCAAGUGUGGUAAGUGUUUGUGCAAGUGCUGUCACCAGGCGCAAAGGAAGUGCAAUAAGUAAAUCGGGUUGCGUGCCUCCUCUAACCCUUCCCGCUAGUGUCCACCUGUGUGUGUUUGUAUUUAUGUGUCACAUUCAGUAGUGUGUACGUGCGCGUGUGUGCGCUAUGAAGUAAGUGGUGUACAUCUGUGCGUUUGCGGGUGCGUGUGUGUGUUUGUGUUGAGGAAGGGCCCAGACGGCGAUAAGCAAGAUCGGAUCGCAAAACAUACGACAGGCGGAACAGCUGAAAACGCUGAAAUAGAGGGAAAAAAACCCCGUGAGAGGAAAGAAAGAAAGAGACCGGAGGACGGAAACGCUUUGGGGGAAGCGCGAGACACAAAUAAUAGAAAGAGACAGCAACAACAGCAGCAGACGCAACUACAACAACAGCAAGCAGGAAGCAGGAAUUUCGAGAAGAACCGGAAACACACCGGAACGCACAGGAACCAACAGGCUCGGCUAAAAGCAAUGGCUGAGAUAUGAGUGCCCAGGGGGGCUCCCUAGGGGCUCCAACAUUGGGUGAUCGUCGAUCUCCUUACAUUGGAGGCUAUCCCGACAUACAGCAGCAGCAGCACCAGCAGCACCCCCACCAUCACCAUCAGCAACAACAGCAGCAAAGCUAUCAACAGUUGCAGAAUCCUCAUCACGCAGAUUACCAUCGGGGAGUGCUGCACCCGGAAGCAGCGGCCGGUUAUUUGGACGUGAAGCAGCAGCAGCAGCUCCAGAAAGGAUACGCUAAACAGGCUCAGCUACAGGCAGCUGCGGGCCAACAGCAACAACCACAACAACAACAGCAGCAGCAGCGAUCGGCAGCUGGAGCGACAGCCGGUGGACGAGCAGCUGCCGGUGCGCCAACAGGUUUCAACAGUCAAAGUAUGGUGGCAGCGGCCGGCGGGCAGCAGGGCAACAUGGACGUCGGCUACAAUCCACAGAUGAAUAACAUGGCGAUGCAUUCGCAGUCGUCGUGGAAUCAGAUGAACGGCAUGAACCAAAUGGGCGGCAUGGGUGGCCAGAUGAACGGCAUGAACCAGAUGGGUGGUGGUGGCGGCGGAGGCGGAGGCGCCGGAGGUGGUGUCGGUGGCGCCGGCGGCAUGGGACCGAUGGGUCAGAUGGGUGGCGGCGGUGCGACCGGUGGCAUGGUGCCCGGCAUGGGCCAGAUGGGCGGCGGUGGCGGUGGCACUGGUGGCGGUGCGGGCGGUGGAUACGGCCGGCACCAUCAGCAGAUGAACCCGAUGGCGCAGAUGAUGAACAUGGGCAUGGGUAUGGGCGGAGGCGGCGGUGGCGGCGGUGGCCAGAUGGGGCCGGGCGGUGCGGGCGGUAUGAACGGGAUGGCGGCGGCCCAGAUGGGCGGCAUGAACCCGCUCAGCCAGAUGAACCAGAUGUCGCCGAUGUCGAAGAUGCAGGGCAUGGCGAACGGGUACCCGCAGCACCCGCGGAGGAUGGCCCCCUACCCGAACCCCCAGAUGCAGAUGGCCCAGAAGCGGUCGAUGUACGGGAUGGGCCAGGGGCAGGGUAUGCCGGGCGCGGGUGGACCCUUCCCGCCGCAUCAGGCGGCGGCAGCGGCGGCCGCUGCAGCAGCCGCCGGCGUUCCCUUGCCGAUGCAGGCCAGCGCCGGGUACGGGCGGCAUCAUGGGCCGAUGGGUCCGAUGAACUAUCGCGGCGGACCGCCGAUGAUGCAGCAGCGACAGAACACGCCACCGUACGGUGGACCGGGCGUCGGACCGGUAGGAGCACCCGUAGGCCCUGGAGCGCUGAUGGGCCACCAGCAGCAGCAGCACCAGCAGCAGCAGCAACAGCAGCAGCAGCAACAGCAGCAGCAACAGCAUCAUCCUCAGCACCAGCAGCACCAGCAGCAGCAGACGCAACAGCAACAGCAGCAGUAUUACAACACGGGCUACCAGAACAUGCAGGGCUACCAGCCGGACAUUCGCAUGAACUUCCAGCACAGUCCGGUGCCGGGUAAUCCUACGCCACCGCUAACGCCCGCCUCUUCCAUGACGCCCUACAUCAGCCCCAAUCCGGACGUGAAGCCAAACAAUCUGCCGCAGAAUGAAGAACUGCGGUUGACAUUCCCGGUGCGAGACGGCAUACUGCUGCCACCGUUCCGGCUCGAGCACAAUCUCGCUGUCAGCAACCACGUGUUUCAGCUAAAGUCCACCGUCUACAACACGCUCAUGUGCCGGCCGGAUCUCGAGCUGCAGCUGAAGUGUUUCCACCACGAGGACCGGCAGAUGAACACGAACUGGCCGGCGAGCGUGCAGGUGUCGGCCAACUCGACGCCGCUCGAAAUCGACCGGGGCGACAACAAGAACACGCACCGGCCGCUCUACCUGAAACAGGUCUGCCAGCCGGGCCGCAACACGAUCCAAAUCACCGUCAGCACCUGCUGCUGUUCCCAUCUGUUCGUGCUACAGCUGGUGCAUCGGCCGUCGGUAAACCAUGUGCUGCACACGCUGCUGAAGCGUAACCUCCUGUCCGCGGAGCAUGCGGUGGCCAAAAUCAAGCGCACCUUUGCCGUCAAUCACACAACGAACCCGAACCAACCGCUGGGCGGCGGCCCCGACAAGGAUCCGCUUGCGGCGGACGCGUCGGCAACGUCUGCAAAGGUAUCACUCAAGUGUACGCUAACCACCAAGCGGAUAACGUUGCCAGCGCGCGGCCAUGACUGCAAGCACAUCCAGUGCUUCGAUCUGGAGGCCUAUCUGGCGCUGAACUGCGAGCGUGGCAACUGGCGGUGUCCGGUGUGCAGUAAACCGGCACUAACGGAAGGGCUCGAGAUCGAUCAGUACAUGUGGGCGAUACUGAACACGCUCAACUCCUCCAACACGCCGAACGGCAUGGACACGGAGGAGGUGAUCAUCGAUGCGCAAGCGAACUGGCGAGCGGUCAAACCACCGGGCAGUGUCAAUAAUCCCAACAUUGGAGGCAGUCUCAACCCUCAACAACCGUCACAGCAGCAGCAGCAGCAACAGCAACAACAUCCACAGCAGCAUCAACAACAACAAGCACCACCAAUGCAGCAGCAGCACCAACAGCAGCAGCAACCGCCCGUACCAUCGGAACCGAGUGGCGGCAAUGCGCGCGGCGCUGGCACGCCCGGCCUGCCCGUGAUCAAACCGGACCCGGACGGUGUCGACGCGAAGCACUUCAACAAGGUGAUGUCACCUGGAUCCACCUCGCUCCCGACCUGGGACAACAUGAACGCAAUGAGCCCCUACAUGAGCCCGGACAUGAGCUCGAUCGCUAGCGGCAGCAUGAUGGGUUCCAACUACAACCGAACGCCCCAGUACGAUUCGUACGGCAAUGCGAUCAUCAAGCAAGAACCGGGCACGAACCCCGGAUCGGUCGGCGGCCCUGGAAGCGUCGGUAACAAUAACGGCCCCGGAACACCCGGAGGUGGUGGUGGCAGCGGUGGCAAUGGUGGUGAAUUCCACGCCGGCAAUCCUUUGGCACAUCUGAGCGAUUCGGUCAACUCGCUCGAUCCGCUGAACGCGAUGGAGAAAUCUCUGAACGAUCAGGUAAGUAUCGUGUGUUUGCAUUCCCUCGCGCGUCUUGCAACCGAUUACAAUGUUCCGCAUGGUGUUUUGCUGUUACAGAUGCCCCACACACCGCACACACCGCACACACCGGGCGGUGGCAACUCGUCCGGCCAUCCGAUGACGCCGGGCGGACCGCCAAGCGUACCGCCGGCGAACGACAUCAACAACACCUCCAACCCGCAGCAACAGUCCACCGGCAGCAACAGUGGCGGCAACGCGAACGGGCAACCGAACGGCGGCAGCAGCAGUAGCGUGAACGGCAACAUGAGCCACAGCCCCGGCCAUGCCGGGCAUGGCAACAGCAUGCAGCAGCUACAUUCACCUCAGCAGCAGCAGCAUCUGGGCCUUGGGCCCAACAACCCUGCCGCGAACAUCAUGAACUCACCGCAAAGUCUCAUGAACUCACCGCAGAACAUGAUGAACUCGCCCCAGAGCAUGAUGCAGCAACAGCAGCAGCAGCAGCAGCAAAAUCUCCUCUCAAUGGGCUCGAUGAUGGGCCAGCAGCAGCAGCAGCAAAGCCAUCAAAAUGCGCUGGCCGGUCUUACCGAUGUCGAUCUGCCGGCAGAUCUCAACUUCGAUCCGGCCGCCGUCAUUGAGGGUGAAGGAGGCAACGAUCUUAACCUACUACCGGACAACGGCAUUGUCGAUCCGAUGGAAUUGCUCUCCUAUCUCGAUCCGCCGGAUCUGAACACGCCCCCGUCAAGCGGUUCCAGCAACAACGCCAACAGCGACGACAUUCUGGCCGCACUGUUCGACUAAGUUCGCCCCAAUUGACAGCACUAAACACAACACACACAACAUAACACACUAAGGACCAUCACAACGUUUUAGAAAGUGGAAUUUGAACACACAGAGAGAGAACGAGGGAAAGAGAGUAUGAUAAAAGGGGAAAAAACAUUUGAAAAUGGGAACAGAAGGAAGAGAGAGAGAGAUAGGAAACCAUAGAGUUAGCGUAGUCGAUAAUACAGUACAGACGCGGGCGGGCGGGCAUUUUCCGAUUCCUAUUUCUUCCCCACCACCACCCCCACUAAAUGGGGGCAUGUCUCCCCAUUACUCUCUGCCCAGCGGCACACACACAGCGUGUGCGUGUGGGUCGGUCGGUCUUGUGUUGUGCUAGUUCCCGGUUUUGUUGUUUGUUUAAUCGUGUAGCGCGGCCUGAUAAGAAGGCCCUCCCUUCUCCCCAAGAUUUUUUAAGUGGCCAGGGUUUUUAGUUUUAGUAUGUACAGCUUUCACCGCGGGGAGGGGGGGGGGAGGAAACCAACAAACUAGCAAUUGAUUGCAAAACGGGUCUUGCACGAAGACACAAACAACACACUCACACACACACAGCAUCUAUCGUAUCAGGUACUCGCAUUGUCACGCAGCUGGCCAGCAUCGCUUUUCUUGUUUGGAAGUGUGGGAAGGUUCCACUGGGGAAGGAUGUGUGUACGGCUCGUGUCCUUCUAGUGUAGCAAACAAAAUGGGGUUUAAAAGGAAGAAAGGAGAGAAGAGAGAGAGGAAGGGAGAUAGAGGAAAAGAAAGAGAGAGAGAUGAGAGCCGAUGGAGGGGAAAAUUGCAAGCAAAACCAGCACUAACUAACCUUCAAAAAAGAGGUUUCAUCACGAGCACGUUGUUCGUUUUUAUCCUCGUUUAAGGGAGUUUUUUUUUGUAUGUUUUGUUCCAUUAAGUUGUGAUUUAUUUUAAUUCACAGCCUAACUAAAGUCAUGCCCUGUUAUGGUAGGAACACACGCUCACACACACCCCAAGCAAGCCACACUAACAACACAUUGGCGAAGCAAGAACUUAAACUUUCUCAACAAAAACAGUGGGAAACGGGAGUUCUAUUGUACAGUUAAAUUAAUAUAAACGCCUCGCCUUUUAUGUGUGUGUAUGUGUGGCCUUUUAUAUUUUGGCAUUUGUUUUAUUUUUUGGUUAACACUCUCCUUUAAGGUUGGUCAUGUAAGAAGAAUUAUUUAUUUACUAGCAAUUGUGGUUUGCACCUUCAGCUCGUUAAGUUUUUGCUUGGUUCUCCCUUAUAUCUCUCUCUCUCUGUACGUUUCUCUCCAUCACUCUCUUUCUCUAACCUCUUUCUCUCUCUCUAUCUCUCUCUGCAUUCUCUAGUACGAGCGCGGUUUAUUUAUUAUUAUUUUUAUCGACUACCAUAACUUAUCUCCUGCGCUUUUCUCGUGUAUUAUAUUCUGUUUUCUAUUUUGUACUGUAACUAGAGCGAACACAAAACUCCAUUAGAACGUAAAGCUACAAAUAUAUAAAUAUAAAUAUUACAAAGCAAAACAAAUCUGUAUGUAUGUAAUGCCUACCAGCGUCACGUGCGUCACGCCUGCGUGCGUGGUUUCGUUUUUUAAGCAAGGAAAAAGGGUUUUCAUUCUUGUUUUUUUUUGUUUUAUUUAGUUUUCUUCCUACCCCCCCUGCAUUAUUAUGGCGUGUGUGUGUGUGUGUGUGUGUGUGCUGAAUGUAAAAGAAGUUUGAGUGGAAACAGAAAGAAAGAAGGAAAGAAUGUGGCGCAUCCUAGACAAAACCCCCCACACACACGAUGAAGAAAGGAAGCAAGAACAAUGUAAAAUGUUUAUUUAGGAAAGGCUGGGAAGGCGUUUGUUUAAUUGCUAAGCUUUAGAUCAUAGAGGGGGAUGUGAGUGGGGAAAUAGGGUGGUGUACCGACAGCGACGGUAAAAAAUGGAAAAGUGAUUGGAAAGUAAGGGAAAAGUGAACGCGUGAAAGUUGGGUUAGAACAGUAAAAAAAGGGGAGGAAAAGUCAAACUAAAAACAGUGUAGAGCAAAAGGAUAAGCAAAGAAAGAAGAAAACACACACACACACCUACACGAAAUGGAAUAUGUUACAUUUAAUGAUACUAAAUUUUAAAUACAACAUGAAGAAGAAGGAGAAGAAGAGGGAUGAGAAGACGAAAAAGAAACAAAACAAACCCAAAAGAAAAUUAAUCAAAAGUGUACAAAACAUGAAAGUAACCUACUAUUACUAACGAAAAUUCAAGCGUAAGUGAACACAACACAGAAAAGUAGAAGAAGAUGAAGAAAAACACAAACACAAAUACAAACAGAAAAAAACAUACAUUUUCUCUCACACAGUGACACAAAACCAUACUACACACAUACACCAAUAAAAAUGCAUUAAAAACAAAACCCAAGCAUCUAACUAUUAGUGAAAAGAGGUGAGAAAGAGUAAAUGAAAAAACAAAACAAAACAAAAACAAAAACAAAAUGGCAAACCCAAAUGAGAGGGAAACACAAACCUUCCCUACAAAACCCCAACUGCUCCCCAUUUACCCAUUAGAACUUAACGAUACACAGCUUAGCAAAUUAUUAAAAAGAAAACACACACACACACACAUACAAAACUACAUUAGAG